AUGUCUAAGACCACUACCCCAGAGCACGCUAACCUCCAUACCCUGAACUUCAGUUCGUUGCUCAACGGAGAUGUCACCGAGCAGGCCAACCUGCUCUCCGCUUGCGAAGACCAUGGCUUCUUUUACCUAGAUCUUCGCGAUUGGGAAUCUGGCAAGAUCCUGAAAACGCUAGAGGAUGCUUGGGUAGUGAUGAAGCAGUGGUUUGAUCAGCCGUUGGAAGAGAAGAUGAAGACUGAGACAAUCUCUGACGCUCACGGGUUUAAACCGCCUGGGGUACAGUCAGGAGUCAACGAAAACACCCGCGACGGUUUUGAGGCUCUAAGAAUCAGUCGCGUUGGUCUUCUCAACCGCUCCCAUCUCCCCGACGUAGUGCACGAGAACCUCCAACUCUUCGAAAAUCUCCAACUCUCCGCCCACUUCCUCCUAAAAACCCUUCUAUCCCGCCUCUCCGAUGCCGCAGGUCUCCAAAACGAAGACCGCUUCGAAACCUGCCAUCCAGACCAUCUCCCCUCCAAGAGCACAAUGUUCUUCAUCCACCAUCCCCUCAGCGACAUCCUCCACGACAAAACAGCCCGCGGGCACAACGCCCACACAGACGUUGGAUCAUUCACUCUACUCUUUACAGAACAGCCUGGUUUACAAGUAAUAUCGCCUACCACCAAUAAAUGGGAAUACGUCGCUACGAAACCAGGCCAUGCGAUUAUAAACGUCGCUGAUACACUUCGUUUCAUCUCUAAGCGACGCUUUAGAUCGGCUAUGCAUAGAGUGCUGCCCCCAGGGGGUAAGAUGAUGGAGGACAGAUACUCGGCUGCUUAUUUCUUGCGGGCUAGUGAUAGUGCUGUUUUCAAAGGGAUGGAUGGGGAGGAGGUUACGGCGGAGGAGUGGUUUCUUAGUAAGUAUAGUAGUUUCAAUAAGACUAUGGAGGAGCAGAGGGUUGACUCUGUUGCUACGGGUGGUAUGGAUAAGGAUCUGGGGCUGGAGGUUUGA